AUAUAAAAAUUAAAUAAUAUUUUGCAAUGGUUUUAGUUGUUAAACAAAGCUCAUAAUUCUUGUCUGUAGAUGAGAAAUGUCUGAAAGUGUUGAUAUUAAAACUUUUGUCGUUUUGGAUUUAGAAACAAAUGCAUUUCCCUCCGAAAAUUUUAACACUUGUUCUGUUACGGAAUUUUCAAUUUAUGCUUUCUCAGCAGAAUGUCUUAUCAAUAAAGACGUUUACUUUAAGCGGUUUCUACAAGAACUUUCUGCGGAAGGAGUAGAUGAUUUCCAUCAGGGGCCACCAGACUUGCCACGCGUCCUUCAUAAAUUGACAUUAAUGAUACGCCCAAGUGGCUUAAUUCAGCAAUCAGCUGAAGAUAUAACAGGUCUAAAUAAUGAGAUGCUAGAAAAUCAAUCACCAUUUGAUGAAGGCACAGCUACAUGUAUCAACCAAUUUCUGGGGCGUCUACAUGAGCCCGUUUGUAUCGUUGCCCAUAAUGGAUGGUCAUAUGACUUCCCAAUAGUCCGAUAUGUUUAUGAAAAAUGCAACAAGUUGUUGCCUUCAUCUAUAUUAUGUGUGGAUUCCUUAAAAGCUUUUCGUGAAAUCGAUGAAAAGUACAAUAUAUUAAAAAAUGCCUUAAAAGUAAUGAACCUGCUUGUGCCAGAUGAUGAAUUAAAAAAGAAUGAACUUGGUCGAAACAAUUCACCACUAACUACUGAUCCUUUCGAAGAAAAUUCAAAAAUAGAUUGGCAAGGUAUUAAUGAGACGUCACCUCAGAAGAAGAAACCGGAAAAGCCUACUUAUAGUUCAUUAUUAAAUGAGUUGAAAUCCUUGUCAGACUCUGACCCGCCGUCUAAAAAGUUACGUGUUAAACGUUCUUUAUUUGCUAAUGAUUAUACUCUAUCAAAAUAUCCUAAAAAAUCCCUUUACAAAUUGGGCACAAUAUAUAAACGUUGUUUCAGUCAGCAUGCCGUUAAUCUACAUCGCGCUGAAAAAGAUGUGGAGGUUUUAACAAAAUUAAUGUUUCAUUAUGGUACAGAUUUUCUAGCCUAUGCUGAUGCACGAAAGCAAUUGUUUUCACAGGUUCCCAAGUUAGGUUCAUCAACCAAUUGAUCUGUACUUAUUGGUGCUAAUAAGAUAAAUAGUUCAAAUUUCCUUGUAAUGCAUUUUUUAAAUACUUUUUUAUACAGAAUAAAUAUUUUUAUACCUAAACAAAAA